UAAAGCUUAGUAGGGAAGUGGGGACAGGAGAGGCGGCUGAAAGGGAGAGAAAGCCCAGUGUGAGCCCCGGCCGGCUGCUGGAGUCCCCGUCCAGCAUGGAGUGCGCCCUGGACGCGCAGAGCCUCAUCAGCCUGUCCCUGCGGAAGAUCCACAGCUCCCGCACCCAGCGAGGCGGCAUCAAGCUGCACAAGAACCUGCUGGUGUCCUACGUCCUGCGCAACGCCCGGCAGCUCUACCUGAGCGAGCGCUACGCGGAGCUCUACCGGCGACAGCCCUUCCAGCCUCAGCAGCCCAUGGAGUGCGCCCCGGCCAUGGAGGAGAUCCCGGAGCUGAGUCCCCUGCAGAUCCCCGAGGAAGGCGAGGACGAGAUGCACCAGCUGCCCAGGAUCCAGCCCGACAUGCUGGAAGAGGAGCCCCUGGAGCUGCCGCCGUGCGCCCUGACACCGCACCCGAGCAAGGACUUACAAGGGGGCAGCUUCUACCCCAGGAGCUGCUGCUCGGAAGAAGCCGGAGGUGCGGUACCGCACUGCAGCCAGACCACCGUGCUGGACUUGGACACUCACGUUGUGACCACGGUGGAGAACGGGUUCCUGCACCAGGACUGCUGCGCCUCGCAGUGCCCAUGCCAUGGCGCACCGUGCCCUGCGCUCCCGGCGGCUCCCGCUCCUCUCCCCGCAGCCCCUAAGCGCAAAUACCCCCUGGUGGGGUACAGCUACACGGGGCAGGCGGAGGACGACGACCUGGACCCCCACUUUGUGCCCUGCAAAAGGGGCAGAUACGAGGACUUUUGCCCACAGAUGGCACCCCCCGAACCCACGGACUCUUCCAACAUCUCCAACCUGAUCUCUAUCUUUGGCUCUGGCUUCUCGGGGCUGAUGAGCAGACAAGCAGAGACUGAACAGAGUCUGAACGGGCACUUGUGUGGGAAACAGGCGCUGGCCAGCCUGGGGGCAUGGACUAGAGCUAUAGUGGCAUUCUAGUGCCCUGUGCACCGGGUGGAUGGACUGCUAGCUUAUGGGGCAAGGGGAGGGGGGGGGGGGAGAGAAAGUGGGGUGUCUCUUGGCACCAGGACUUGACUAUACAGUGAUGUUUUCUAGAAUCUGUACAGACCAGAAUAUCUUUGGACUUUAUUUUUACAAAGCAGAGAGAAGCACCUAUUUAAAUUGAGUUUUUUGUUUCUGUUUUCAUUUGUGAUGGUUGAUCUGAAACAAGAAAAAAAAAAGUCCACUGGGCAGAGGCUGCACAUCUGAGGAGGCUUCUUUUUCUUCUCCUGGUGAA